AUGUCCUACUACAACGACGCGUCGUGGAACACGCCUGCUCCCGGCCGACAGUCAUCCUGGGAGCAACCGCAACCGCCCUCGCGAUCAGGUACCGGCCAAAUGGGUUUCAACGGUGCAGGUGCAGCGAUUCACAUGGACGUAGGCACAAGCUCCACUGUCAACAGCGAGGUCGCCAAUGCCUUUGCCUCGCAAUUUGAGGAGGUCGACCGCGCCAUCGAGAACCUCGCCAAGAGCGGCAAGCCCUUCGGCCCCGGCUUCCCUCCCACGCCCAUGGGUGCCAGCCGCCGCGAGUCCAUGCCCAUGAUGGGAGGAGGCGCUCCCCGCCCAUACCCCGACUUCGAGCAGCAGCGCAUGGGCGGCCCCCAGCGCCACCACUCGGUCAGCGAGUACGACGGCUCCCGCUCCCACUCGGCGUCCAACGUCCAGGGCUUCUACCAGAACCAGCGCUAUGCGCCCCGACCCAACGACGCAGACCAGAUGGCACAGGCAAAGCGACGGAUGGCGGCUCAGCGUGAGCGUGAGCUGCGCAACUAUCACCAGGAGCAGCAAUACCACAGAAACGUUUCAGGCUCAGCCUCCAAGUCCGACCGCUCCAUGAGCCCCAAUGCCAUGAAUGAAGAGGAGCGCCGCGAACUCAUCGCCCGCCAGCACCGUGCUUUGUAUGGCGAGACCUCCACCCUGUACAACAACAACCCGACCUCGAGCCAGGAUGUUCGCGUUCAGACUUCUGCCGCUGGUCGUGGUCCCUCUCCCCUCGCCUUUGACCCCUUCGGCAUGCAGGCCCAGAAUGCCGCCGGUGAGGGUUCCGUUCAGAUGCCUCCCCGUGACAAGGACGUCACUGGUGGUGCUCAAGAUGCUCGUGCCAACAGCACCUCGUCACCUUCCGGUACCCAGAACUCAGCAUUCAACCUCUUCGAUGCUCAGCAGGCGAACCGUACCUCUAACUCGUCGCCCGGAGGUUCGCCUCCUGUGCCUGGUCAGAAGUCCAACGGCUCUGGCGUUGCCCCUAUUGGCACUCGUCCCCAGAACCAGAACCUGCAGCAACCAGGCGGCGCCAUGGGCAAGCGCGCAAACUCACCUCUGCCGUCGCCUCUUGGCUACAACUCGUACAACGCGAGCGAGCAGAACAACAUGUCAACGACAUCUGCGUCUAUGAACCCUUCUUCUACUGUCACUGACAAGGGCGUUGGUAUUUGGAACAACGGACCCUGGAGCAACACACCCACUCAAGGAGUCCAGGCGUCUGUUUGGGGUUAG